GCGCGUCGUCGCAUCGUCGCCACACGCAAGCCUCCCUUGAUCGCCCCCAGCACCAUCGCUCCUUCCUCCCGCCUCCCCAAUUGCCCGUGACUGAGCUCGGCCUCAUCCUCCCUCCCAACAUUCAACUACUACCCUAAUAAUACCCACACCUUUCGCUCGUCUUCUGUUGUAGCAUCCGCGUCUACGUCCGCGUCCGCCACAACAACUACUCACAUUCACAAUGGCAUCAAAGUUUCUCCGAGAAUAUAAGCUGGUGGUCGUCGGCGGUGGUGGAGUCGGAAAGUCGUGUCUGACCAUCCAGCUGAUCCAGAGCCACUUCGUUGAUGAGUACGACCCGACGAUUGAGGACUCGUACCGCAAGCAGUGUGUCAUCGAUGACGAAGUCGCCCUGCUCGAUGUUCUCGACACAGCCGGCCAGGAGGAGUACUCUGCCAUGCGCGAGCAGUACAUGCGCACAGGAGAGGGCUUCCUCCUCGUCUACUCGAUAACCGACAGGCAGAGCUUCGAGGAGAUUAUGACAUUCCAGCAGCAAAUCCUAAGAGUAAAGGACAAGGACUACUUCCCCAUGAUCGUCGUCGGCAACAAGUGCGAUCUCGACGGCGAGAGGCAAGUUUCGACACAAGAGGGCCAAACCUUGGCGCGGAACUUUGGCUGCAAGUUCAUCGAAACAUCAGCGAAAUCGCGCAUCAACGUGGACAACGCUUUUUACGACAUCGUUCGCGAAAUCCGCAGAUAUAACAAGGAAAUGUCAUCAUACACAGGCGCCCCUGGCUCAAACGGCAACGGCCCUCAAAAGACGACGUUUGAUACGGAUGACCAGGCGGAGAAGAAGGGAUGCUGCUGCGUAGUAAUGUAA